UUUACGAGCAGACACCAAGUGUGACUGCCGUUACAUGAAUACAAAGAAUAGUUGGUGCUGGGAAGGACGGUUGCAUAUCCUUAGCAGGGUGCUACAGGUUCUGCAGUGCAGACAUUUUGCAGUCAUUCCGUGAUUCCAAGGGAGACAGCUGAAUCCUAGACAAUUCUUCUGUCCAUAAUGGAGCACUCUUCACCUUUGGCUGCUAUGCAGCCUCCUUCUGUGCAUUUUGGACACUGCUUUCGGGCAGAUGUACCAACGUCUUAUGCAUCCUUUGGAUCCGUGAAGGGCUUUGGUCCGAAUAGUUUCAACUUCAAAGACCUCUCCAUGAAAAGAGGCCAUGCGGAUUACUUCAACAUGAAGCCAGUCCGUGGAUCUUCUCCGACAGCCAGCCUUGCUGCGGAUCUGUCCCAAAAUUUCCAUAUUGAUCAAAGUCCACAAUUAGCAACACCCCGCAGGUCUUUGUUCUCAUCGAACCUGUUCGGACCCGGAGGCGGACGUGAAGAGAACAUGACCACCCCUCCCCUGCCUGCAUCCUCGCCCGCCCCUGCUAUGGAUAUUAUGGACAUGAUGGAGAUGUCUCCCCUCCCGCACAAGGUUCCUUACUCGAGGUCAACUGAGGUGGAACUCCCUUCUCCCACUCCGGACAUGGGCACUGUCGAUUCCCCCAUGUCUUCAGCCGCUCCCAGCCCGUUGCAGGAGUCUCCCCUUGACGCUCCAAAGCACGCCCCAUAUGAAAGGAGACGCUCCAACAUGCUCCGCCCGUCCCUGGCUCGUACCAAGGCGCACUCAGCGCAUCUAGGCAUCCCGAAGCCCGCACCGGAGAGCCGAUCUCCUCCUUUCAAAUUCUCCAGCGGGGGCAGUAAACUGUCAUCCGGCAGCUCGACAUCCUUAGGAGACAUGUUCGAUGAAUCGCCCCAGCGGGAGAGGACCUUGCCCAGGAGCAACAGUGGCCUCAUGGGACCUCCUCGUCUUAGGCAGCCUUUCGGAUCUGGCGCUGGACAUGCGCGUAGCAAUGGCUCUCCAGCUCCAGGCCCAAUCCGUAGGAGUGGGAAUCCUUUUAUGCGUCCUCGCAAGCAAUGCCGCAGGUCUCUGAGCAUGUUUGAGCAUCCUGACGACGUGAUGCGGGAAAAUGAUGCUGGCUAUUCUACAAAUGCACCCCUUCCAUCUAUUAAUGAUAUCGAAGUUACCCCCAGCCUGCAGCUUCCCCACUUCGUCCCAGACGACCAGCCCGACUGCUUACCACGGAUUGAAAAGAAAAUCCUGGUGGACCUCAUUGAUGGCAAGUAUAAUGAUCGCUUUGAGAAUCUCAUGAUCAUCGACUGUCGAUUCGAGUAUGAGUACGAAGGCGGCCAUAUCAAUGGAGCUCUGAAUUACAAUGACAAGGAAGAGCUUGCUGAUAUCCUAUUCGAAAAGGAACCCAAGCCGGGCACGGUGCUUGUCUUCCAUUGCGAGUACUCUGCCCACCGUGCGCCCAUCAUGGCGAAAUAUAUCCGCCACAAGGAUCGUGCGGUCAAUGUUGACGAAUAUCCAAAGUUGACUUACCCGGAAAUGUACAUUUUGGACGGGGGAUACAGCGCCUUUUUUGCUGAGCAUCGAUCGCUGUGUUAUCCUCAAAACUAUGUCGAGAUGGCUGACAAGAACCAUGAGUAUGACUGUGAACGUGGCCUUGGCAAAGUUAAGCAACGGUCCAAGUUCAGUCGAGCUCAAACCUUCGCCUUUGGACAAGACUCACCACAGAUGGAGGACAGUCCUACGGGAAGAUGUCGAAGCCAUGGAGAUCGUAGUCGCGGUCUCGGAUCCCCAUUCGGAGAAGAACACAGUCGCAUGCCCGGUCGUCGGAUGCUUUCUUACUAGAGUCGAUUGCGGCUUUAGAUUUGACUCUACGGCGCCACGCCUUUAAUGGACUUCACGUUUGUCGCAUUUUUUUAAACCCAGCGA